AUGCAGCUGCGCGAUGCCGUCGCACUCUGCCCUCCGGGGGGGGGGGUGGGCAAGGGAGCUGCAGCGACCCCUGCUGGACCUCCCUUCCCCUCCGCUGGCGAGCCGCCUUCGCUUCUGUGCAGUUAUGCGCCGCACGCAGCGCUCGCCGAGAGCUCCGCGUUGGCUCCUUCGAAUCCUGCGAUUCGCGGAGGGGUGUGCAGCCUAGCGGCGCCUCUUCAGGCUACACCCGACGGGCUGCAGCACUUUGGCCCCUUCACGCCGCAGCCGCCAGCAACCCCUCCGAAACAGAGCCUUGCCGUGGGACGGUUGUGCGCUGCUACGCGGGGAGCCUCCCCCGCAGCUGCCUAUCUCGGAGCAUCCAGGGAGCCUUUCCCUUCUGAACAGCCGGAGCUGCACGAGGACGCCUCGUCUCGGAGGGCGUUGGAUAGCGUGGCUUCCGUGCUGGCGGCCCCUUUGCCUGACGUCGCGCUCAAGCCGCGAGCGCUUGCUCUCGCUCCUCCCAACGAGCGCGACUGCAACGCAUCUGCUGCGCUGCAGCAGCCGCGGCUCUGCGGCGAACAACCCCAGCGAGGGCAGCUCCAGCAGCAGCGGCAGGAGCACCACCAUCUGCCGUGGGGAGCCACUGCCUCCCCCCCGGUUCGCUACGAUUCGGAACUGAACAUGUGGGUAGUGGUGGUGCCCCUCAAGGGGUCGCGCCACGUGCUCUUUGCCUCCAAAUUUUGUGUCAGAAAAAGGGGGUUCGCUGAAGCAAGGCGCCUCGCGCUCGCUUCCUACCGGAGGUUUCUGCUGCAACACCAACCCGCUGCAGCUGCCGCCACCGUCACGGGCGCAGCUGCCGGAGACAGAAGCCACGCAGUCGUCAGUCAGCCCUCCAUGUUUUUUUCUAGAGCCAAAGAGGCGUGGUGUACUCAGUGGUACGAGGGGCCAAAGCGCGUCUUCAAAUCCUUUUCUUGCCGCGUCUAUGGAAGACUGGCAGAGCCCUUGUGCCGCUGGUUUCUGGCCGUCGUACGACGCCAUGGGCGGCGGCCUUCUUCCAUGGAAGUCGAGACGCAGUGUGUGCGCUUACGUUCCCUCGCCCUCACGCGGGAGGACGAGGGGAUUGGAGGAGAAGACGACGCUUCGGGAGGGGGUCGUUGCAUGCACAGCGAACGUUCGGACGCCCCUACGGGGGUGCAGCGGCAGGCGGAGCACCAGCGUCCGCGUGCAUUUGCGAGCGGAUGGAGAGACAGCUUCGCAGGCGGACCAAGUGCUGGAUACGCCCUUUGGCAGGCGCCACAGCACGUCGGUUCAUCCACGAGCCUCGCGUUAGGCCCCUCAGAAUCCGUGGGUUCUUCUUUUAUGAGCGCUACCCCGCCGCCGGCUUCUGCAGAAUCCGCUGUGCUGCCCUGCAUCUCUGAAAAGCGCUUGGUGGAGAGGCCGCAAGGCGGGGUCACCGAGCAGCCGGGCGGAGCGGUCGGCUCCCUCGCGGCUUCUCAGGUGUCUGUACACCGUCCUCUCGGAGAUGCGAACGGGCUAGGCUGCUUCGCUGCAUCUGAGGCUUACGCACGAGCAGACUGCAAUGGCGGCCACUCUGCCGCACCCGCAGCUAUCCGUUCCCUGGAACAGAGCGACUGGGCAUUUCGAAUGCACAACCGCAAACGUGUCUCCCCCCAGGCUCCCCAUGGGAUUUGCCAGCCACCAACUGCCUCAGCACACAGCACACCGCGUGCCACCACUGAUUGUGGGAAAGGCUCUGCCAUAAGGAAAGCAACAACCCUGAGGGGCCUAUCUCCUGCCAAACACAGAAUGUUCACCGUCAACGCAGCACAGCGCCUUCCACAGCGGCAGAAAAAGCUUGCGCCCACUCCAGCUACCAACCAGCCGUACUGCGAUUCAUUGAUGAUCACCUUUAAACUCUUCAUGCAUUGGCCGGAAUGCGAGGCCGCACGAACAUGCCAAACUUUUCCCGCCACUUUAUAUUCGAGUGUCGGGUGCAACCCCGGCGCCACGGGGUGGCAUGUUCAUUCGCCAGUAAUGGCAUCACUUACAGUAUUUGAACACACAACAAUGAAAUCCUCUUCGGACACCUUAAUUGAUGCAUGCAGCCACAGAACUCACUUUUCGCAAGGGGUUUAUGUGUUUAUGGCAAGACCUGCCGCAAAGCGAACCGGAUACCGAUUACACGAUCCCGACAAACCCAUGUGCCUGGAAUCAAACGCCCCUCGUUGCUAUUUCUCAGCAGCGAUUGUUCAAAUUGGGUUACCGAUGAAAAAGAGUCAGGCAACACCGAAGUUGAAUGCAGGCCACCGUAAAUCUGCCAGUGUCUUUGCAGCCACUAGCGAAAAAUGGACCCGACAAUACAUUAUGCAUACAUAUAUCAAGCAAAUACAUCAAGGGAGAGAAUAA